AUGGGAGAAGAGUCGGUGAAUCUGAUAACAGGGAGGAAGAGGAAGUUAUUUGAAUUGAGGUUAAAAAUGAAUGUGGCAAGAAAAGCUAAUCAAUCUGCAAUGGUAGUAGAGAAGAAAAAAACAGAAGUUCUAGCUACAGAGUGUAGAGGAAUGUCCAAGUAUGGAAAGGCGCCAAAACUAUCAGACGACAAGAUAGAGAGGAUGGUAAAGGAGCUCAAGGAUAGGGAUGAGAAGCGUCAAUCACUUAAUCGGAGGAGAAAGUUCCAGGAAGAGAAAGACAUUGACUCUAUUAAUGAUCGUAACGAGCAUUUCAAUAAAAAGAUUGAGCAUGCCUUUGGAAAAUACACCUUGGAGAUCAAGAAUAGCCUUGAGAGAGGAAUUGCUUUGCCUGAUUGA